CACCGGAAGUGAUGCCAUUCACGGCGGAAACGUGGUUUGCUUAUGCGAAAAAAUGGCUGCAGCCAGUUUAGGUAUUUUUUGCAGAAAAGCAUCAGCCGUCCUAAAGACUUCCAGGUCGUUAAUAAGUUCUCAGGCCCCGGAGGGCACAAGGUUUUCUCUUAAUUUGUUGCCUCAGAAUACACCAAAUGUCACACCUUUGCACCACUGUAGAAUACUUCAUACCACGUUGUCAAGGAAAGGACUGGAAGAAUUUUUUGAUGACCCAAAGAACUGGGGGGAAGAAAAAGUAAAGUCUGGAGCUGCAUGGACCUGUCAGCAAUUAAGGAACAAAAGUAAUGAAGAUUUGCAUAAACUUUGGUAUGUCCUGCUGAAAGAAAGAAACAUGCUUCUAACUCUACAGCAGGAGGCCAAACGGCAGAUAUUACCGAUGCCAAGUCCGGAGCGGUUAGAUAAGGUAGUAGAAUCCAUGGAUGCAUUGGAUAAAGUUGUACAAGAACGAGAAGAUGCCCUAAGACUUCUUCAGACUGGUCAAGAAAAAGCUAGACCUGGUGCUUGGAGAAAAGACAUCUUUGGAAGAAUCAUCUGGCACAAGUUCAAGCAGUGGCCUAUACCUUGGUACCUAAAUAAGAGAUACAACAGGAAACGAUUCUUUGCAAUGCCUUAUGUGGAACGUUUUGAGAGACUGAGACGUGAGAAACAAGCCCGUAUCCAAGCAAGGAAGAAACAUUUAGAGAAAAAGAAAGCAGAACAACUUAAGGAAAAGUUUCCACAUCUUGCUGAAGCCCGGAAGUCAAGUCUUAUCUAAGAUUUUGCUGGAGAUCCUUCACGCACAGGUUCCUGAGUACCAAGAGCAUGGGCUAGGUUAACAGAGCUUACAACAUGAGGUGAAGAUAAAUCCAAAAAGAAAAUUCAGGAAAAUAAUGCAAUAAAAUUUUUUUUAAAUUUUAUGUAAGUACAAAUAGGCAGUCAUAGAAUAGCUAUGGGAAAUAUAAAGUACAGUAUAGGAAAUGGAGUACCCAAA